AUGUCUACCCUCAUCUUCCUUGCCAGCCCUGUGUUAGGUCAAGAGUUUGAAGGUCGCGGAUACCUCAGGGCUGCUUCCAACAAGGUUACUCUUUGUAAAGAAACUCAGGAUGGUAUCUACAUAAAAAUCAGUGUAAGUGAGAAUGCUGUGGAGACUCACAUGGACAAGGGUGCUGGUGUCCCUGGUGGCAUUGUCCCAAAUCCUCAAGGGGGUGAAGCCAUGCUGUUUGAUGCAGACUGUAAUCAGAUUUUUUUCCCAUCUGCAACUCCAUCUGCAAAACCUUCCGCAACCCCCAGUUCAGCUCCUUCUGUAGCUCCAUCCAGCACUCCCAGCAUUGUACCUUCUGCUGCACCCUCCAGCACUCCCAGCAUUGUCCCAUCUUCUGCACCCACCAGCACUCCCAGCAUUGCCCCAUCUUCUGCACCCACCAGCACUCCCAGUAUUGCCCCAUCUUCUGCACCAUCUUCUGCACCCUCCAGCACUCCCAGCAUUGCCCCAUCUGUUGUCCCAUCCAGCGCUCCCAGUGUUGCCCCCUCUGUUGUCCCAUCCAGCGCUCCCAGCAUUGACCCAUCUGCUGCACCAAGUACUUCUCCUAGCGACAAACCUUCCACAAGCCCUAGUGAAAGUCCCUCUGUGGUACCAACCUCAACUCCCACAGCAUCUCCAACAGCGAAACCCACUGAGUCUCCAACUCAAACCCCUACUGCAACACCCACAUCCCACCCAACGUCAGCUCCCACAACAAGUCCCACAGUUGCACCAACAGGUUCUCCAAGUCAAUCUCCAACCAGGGCUCCCAAGGCAAUUACUGUUACCUUUGAUACCCUUCCUGCAAUGGGAUCGCGUCAGAAUGGAAUUUUCCGCAAACAAAUUCCUGAUCUGUACUUCAAUGACAACUUUAAGUACAGCACCUACACUUCCCAUCCAAAUGACAGUGGCUAUCAGGCCCUUGCUGCUGUUGGAUCUCCUGACAACCAUGGUGUCCUUUGGCCCUUUGGCGAACCCUUGCCAGCAUUUAGAGCACUAGAAGCCAAUUCUGGGGCUACAGUGAGCCUCACAUCCUUCUUGGCCGCUCCAAGGAGCCUCAAUAACCCUGUUGAGGUUACUGUCAGAGGAUAUGACGCAAAUGGGAUUGAAGUUGUCAGCCAUACAUACACAGCUGAUUCGUCCAAAACCAUUCAGCUUAGUGGAUUCGACAAGCUUUACUCAAUUGAAUUCAGCCUCUCAACUCUUGCAGUGGUUGAUGACAUGGAAGUUGUGGUCCACUAUGAUUAA